UGUGUACCAUAAGAACAGAAGGUGUUGUGUUGUAAUAAAGCAAAAAGCUCCCAAAAAAAAAAGAAAAGAAAAGAAAAGCAGACUAAUCAAUCAGGUUGGUUUCUUCACAUAGAAGUAGAGAUAGAAAUCAGAAGAAAGAGAUUCCCACGAAGGAUUAAAAGUUACAAUUAGAGAAGAGAUAUAUCUAAGAAAAAGACUGGACCUCUUUGUUUCUAUUUAGAUUCACUUUGACAAGAAAGCUUUGGUCUUUUGUCUCUCUGCGUUCUCUUUCUUUCCCUGUGUCUCUCCUCUCAGCUGAGUUAAACAAAAGAAUAGAAACGCUAGGGAAUGGUUUUUCCAUUUCCUCUGUUUGUUUUCCUGGAGCUAAUAUAGUUUUCUUUCUUUUCAAGCCAAGGUUUUUCACUUUUUUUAUUUUCAGUUGUUUCUGGUUUAGAGAAUGGUCGAACGAACAAGUCUUGCAUGGCGAACCAUAGAGUUGGAGAGACAGGUUUAACAGACUCAGGACCUUCAAAUCACCUUCAUCAAAUUACUUAUGCAGUUCUUCAUGGAAUGAAUAUUCCUACAAGUUUCAUCCAUCAACAACGAUCUGUCCUUGAUUUUGGAGAGCUAGAAGAAGCGAUUGUGCUGCAAGGAGUGAAAAUUAGAAAUGAUGAAGCUAAAGCACCUUUAUUCACAACAGGCAGACCAGCAGCUACCCUAGAGAUGUUCCCUUCUUGGCCAAUGAGAUUUCGGCAAACCCCAAGAGGAAGUUCAAAGUCAGGAGUGGAAAGCACAGACUCAGGAUCAGCAGUGAAUACUCUCUCAAGCAAAACUGAGAACCAGCAAGAACCAGAGUCUCCUAUCAGUAAAAAGGCGACUUCUUCAGAUCAUCAGGCUUUUGACCAGAAGUCACUGCUGCACCAACAGCAUCAGCAGCAACAACGGCAGCAGGAACAACAACAACAACAAAAACUAGAGAUGGCAAGCGAUACCUCAAGAACAGGAACAUCACAGAAUCAAUCAGCUGCCAAACAACCACAAGAAAAGAGAAGGGGUUCAGUUUCUGAGAAACAGCUUGAUGCUAAGACACUGAGACGUUUAGCUCAAAACAGAGAAGCUGCAAGGAAAAGCCGUCUUAGAAAAAAGGCUUAUGUUCAGCAACUAGAAACAAGCAGAAUAAAGCUAACUCAACUUGAGCAAGAUCUUCAGAGAGCUCGAUCUGAGGGAAUUUUCUUGGGAGGUUGUGCUGGUGCUGUUGGAAAUAUCAGCUCUGGGGCUGCAAUAUUUGACAUGGAAUAUUCAAGAUGGUUAGAAGAUGAUCAGAGGCACAUAUCUGAGCUUAGAACUGAAUUACAUGCACACCUUUCGGACAGCGACCUUCGAAUAAUUGUAGACAGUUACAUUUCACAUUAUGAUGAAAUUUUCCGGUUGAAGGUAGCGGCUGCAAAAUCUGAUGUUUUCCACCUUAUAACUGGGAUGUGGACAACUCCGGCUGAGCGUUGCUUCCUUUGGAUUGGAGGUUUUAGGCCCUCUGAGCUCAUCAAGAUGUUAAUAUCACAAUUAGACCCGUUAACAGAGCAGCAAGUGAUGGGGAUUUACAGCCUCCAGCAUUCUUCACAACAGGCAGAAGAGGCACUCUCCCAAGGCCUGGAACAGCUCCAGCAGUCUCUAAUUGACACUGUCGCUGGCGUUCCAGUCAUUGAUGGAAUGCAACAAAUGGCUGUUGCCUUAGGCAAGCUUGCCAAUCUAGAAGGCUUCAUUCGCCAGGCUGACAAUUUAAGACAGCAAACCCUUCACCAAUUGCCUUGUAUAUUGACGGUUAGACAGGCAGCACGGUGUUUUCUGAUGAUCAGCGAGUACCAUGCGCGGUUACGAGCACUUAGUUCUCUUUGGCUGUCCCGACCCCAAGAGACCUUGAUCAGUGAUGAUCAUUCAUGUCAAACAACGACGGAAUUGCAAAUGGUGCAACCAUCAAAGAAUCAUUUCUCAAACUUUUGAUAAAAAAAUUCCGAUGAGUCAGCCAUCAUCAGCAAUCAAAAUCCUGUAUUUAUUUUCACAAAGCUGCAGCCAUGCGAAAUAUUGGAAUAUUUCAUCAAGCUACUUAAAAUUAGAGGAAAUAGGACUUUCUUUUCUUUUCUUUUAUUAAUCUUUUCUAUCAGUAAGUUAUCCCUUGUAAAUGAAAAAAAAAGUCAAUUUAGUAUGCAUAACGGAGCUUCUAUCUUUUCUAGAAAGAAAUUAAGAGAUUAUCAUCAGGAAAAAUAAAAGUUGAAGCUGU